AUGAUCGAACCUCGCUGGCACCUGAAAGCAUCGACGGCUCAGACGGUAAGAAGGACACGCCCUUGCUCGCGUUUGAUUGGCGGAAUUGUGUUGCGCCGCCUACUUCUGUUGGGGCGCACUCAGGCGCCGAUCUUCUAUUGUGUCGGCGUGCUGGUGUCAAGCCCGUUCCGCCUCUACCGAUCAUAUCUUGAGUUCUACGAAUUGUUCUUCUUCGUGACAACAUCAUCGACAAUGAUGAGUAUGAUGGAACAUGAACUCAAACAGAUGUCCGACUACAAUCAAAUUUGGUCAGGUGUGGGUGGUUUUCAUCUACCACCUACAUCUACAAGUAAUUUGGCUACCCAGAAUGUUCCUGACGAUCUCUCACCCGCUCCUGAUUCACCAGAUUCUUCAAAGGAUGGGAAAAAGAAUGAUGACAGGGUAAAACGUCCGAUGAACGCAUUUAUGGUCUGGAGUAGGAGCAAGCGUAGAUUAAUGGCUCAGGAGAACCCUAAAAUGCACAACUCCGAGAUCAGCAAAAGACUAGGGGCUGAAUGGAAGUGUUUGAGUGACACUGAGAAGAGGCCAUUCAUAGACGAGGCUAAACGAUUACGUUCAAUUCACAUGAAGGAACAUCCAGACUAUAAGUAUCGUCCUCGAAGGAAAACGAAGACAUUGCAGAAGAAAACACUUCCAAUGGGACCUUUUGCAACAUUGGAUCCGUUAAAACCUCAGGUUUACAAUUCCGUCCAAUCAUGGAAUGGCAACAGCUCAUAUCCAUUUGACACAUCUUAUGGUCUGUAUCCCAGAACAGGAUACGAUAUGCUCAAUCAACUACCGUAUCUUGACGGCUCACCAUCACAGUACACUCAGUCUUCACUUGGUAGCGCGUACCCGGUAAACUACCUCACUCCAGCUCCUGUGGUGAAGUCCGAAGUGGAAACCUCACCUGAAAAUUCGGAAAUUUCUUUAGAUCCUGGUCAAUUCCGAGCAUUUUAUGAUCCAUCUAAGGAUCAUAUAACAUCGAUGUAUUCUAAUCCGCUUUCAUAUUCGUCCCUGGAAAGCAUGGGACUCACGCAAACUAUGGCUCAGUCUCAUGUCACCUCUUAA